CUUGCGCGGCUGGCCGGGGGCGGACGGGGCGGAGACCUUCCAGGCGCCCCGCGAUGCGCCGGAGCCUCGGCUCGACGGGGCGGGCAGCGCGGCGGAACAGCUAGAAGCAGCUGGGAACCAACACUUGACUUGUGGCUCCUAGAGAAGGAACUCAGCAGAUCAGCGAGAAGGAUGGGCUGUGUGAAAUCCAAGGAAUUCAGCCUGCCUAGCAAGGUCUGGAGAGCCAAUUCCGGCUCCAGCCUCCAGACUCAUUAUGUGAAAGAUCCCACGUCUGGGAAAAAAGAAGUCAAGGUGAAGGGCAGCAAAGCAUCCAGCAUGCCGCAACCACAGGAAAUGGAUGGUUCGGAGGACUUCAUCGUCCUAGCCCUUUAUGACUACGACGCCAUCCACAAGGAGGACCUGAGCUUUCAGAAGGGAGAGCAUCUCAAAGUCCUUGAGGAGUCAGGCGAAUGGUGGAGAGCAAAGUCCCUGUCAACAGGAAGAGAAGGCUACAUCCCCAGCAACUACGUCGCCCGAGUGAACUCUUUGGAGACUGAGGAGUGGUUCUUCAGAGGUGUCAGCCGGAAAGACGCUGAGCGACAACUGCUAGCUCCUGGGAAUGCAAUCGGCUCCUUCAUGAUCCGAGACAGUGAGACGAGCAAAGGUAGCUACUCUCUAUCCGUGAGAGAUUUUGACAACCAAAAUAAGGUGGACAUCGUAAAACAUUACAAGAUCCGGACAAUGGAUAAUGGCGGCUUCUACAUCUCCCCUCGCAAUAGCUUCGACACCCUUCAGGAACUGGUCAGCCAUUAUAAGGGACAGAGCGACGGGCUCUGCCAAAAACUGUCUUACCCGUGUCUCGCGCCCAAACCUCAGAAACCUUGGGAGAAAGAUGCCUGGGAAAUCCCCCGCGACUCCUUGAAGCUUGAGAAGAAGCUCGGAGCUGGGCAGUUUGGAGAAGUGUGGCUGGCCGUCUACAACAAGCAUACAAAAGUGGCUGUGAAAACCAUGAAGCCGGGGAGCAUGUCUGUAGAAGCCUUCCUGGAAGAGGCCAACAUCAUGAAGACCCUGCAGCACGACAAGCUGGUCAAACUGAACGCUGUUGUGACCAAGGAGGAGCCCAUUUACAUCAUUACUGAAUUCAUGGAGAAAGGCAGCUUGCUGGAUUUUCUGAAAAGCGACGAAGGACACAGUCAGCCACUCCCAAAGCUGAUAGACUUCUCUGCCCAGAUAGCAGAAGGCAUGGCUUUUAUCGAGCAGAGAAACUAUAUCCACCGGGAUCUGAGAGCGGCCAACAUCCUGGUGUCAGGAAUGCUGGUUUGCAAGAUUGCCGAUUUCGGCUUGGCCAGAGUGAUUGAAGAUAAUGAAUACACAGCCCGGGAAGGUGCCAAGUUUCCCAUCAAAUGGACUGCACCCGAAGCCAUCAACUAUGGCUGUUUCUCUAUAAAAUCUGACGUCUGGUCCUUUGGGAUCCUUCUAAUGGAGAUCAUCACGUAUGGACGGACCCCGUAUCCAGGGAUGUCGACACAGGAAGUGAUGCGUGCCAUCGAACGUGGCUAUCGAAUGCCACGCACGGAGAAUUGCCCAGAGGAGCUCUAUGAAAUUAUGACACGGUGCUGGAAGAGCAAGCCGGAGGACCGCCCAACGUUUGAGUACAACCAGAGCAUCCUAGAAGAUUUCUUCACUGCCACAGAAAGUCAAUACCAACAACAGCCUUAGAAUGACAGGAAGCCAAACGAUGCCAUCAAAAGCCAAUUGGGCGGCUUCACGAUCCGUUGGUGGCUUGGACAAAAGUAGUUCUGUCUCAUUCGCUUCCUUGGGGCAUCUUGCCAACCACAGCUGAGGACAGCACUGUGCGAGUGAUGAACUCUUCACCCAGAGCAAUCUCUCGUCUGUUGUCUGCUUGUAUGUCCUGGCCAAACUGCAGUCAGCAGAUCUCAUUCCAAAUGGAACGCUGCGUACAUUUACUUUUUGUCUUAAGAUUUAGUUGGAAAGCCACAGUCUUUUAAACCCAAGAGUGUCUUAAAUUUGUAGUUGGUAUGAUGAGAUUUUUGGAUACGUGUGUGUGUACGAUGGUUGUAUUUAAAACACUGAUCAAGCAGCACACAACAGAAGGAUGCUAGGUGCUAUGCACAGCUUACAAAACCCCAAGUUGAUUCACUUUUUAGGAGAAAUGUGUUCACAUAUACUAAGUUAGGAGACCACACAGUCCUGUGCCUGUACAGCCAGAAGCUUGUCCCACAAAAUUCAGCACAGCUUACUCCCAGGAAAGUGUGCACAGGAUUGUACAUAGUGACACGGAAAUCUAAACUAUUAUAAUCUAUUUACCUGUAGCUUAUAAUUUGAUUCAAAUAGAAAUGCCUGCCAGCAGUAGUCAAAAGAUCUACUGUCUCGUCUUGGUUUUUACUUGGAAUCCCUGGCGGGGAGGUCUAAUUUGAACCACAAAAUGUGCCUCGCAACCAAGCUGCUAAUUUUGCAUAAAGUGAAAUUAAAUAACACUCCAACAAAAAUCCAUUUUAAAAUGUGGUUGCAGUGAUAGCGCAUGGUAUGUAUGUUUGUGGCUGUCCAACCCCUGCUGCAGGCCAGGAAGAAGGCGCACACAGUUCGGUGUAGCGGAGCCAGUUUGUUGUAGUGGUUAAGAGCGGCAGGACUCUAAUCCAGAGAACUGGGUCUGAUUCCCCACUCCUCCAUUUGAAGCCAGCUGGGUGGCCUUGGUUGGGUCAGUCACAGCUCUCUCAGAGCUCUCUCAGUUCCACCUCCUCACAGGGUGAUUGCCAUGAGGAUAAUAACAACACACUUUGUAAACUGCUCUGAGUGGGCAUUAAGUUGUCCUGAAGGGCAGUAUAUAAAUCGAAUAUUGUUAUCAUUAUUAUUUCCUCUCUUUACAUGCCAUGAUGCAAUUAAAGAGGGAGGUGUUUACCAGCAUUCUUAAUUUCUGUAGGCAGCCAAAGAACAGAUGGCAAGUUGACAGGCAGUUCUGGUGUGUAUAUAAAGAGCUUGAGAAGCUGUUGGCCUCAAAUCAGUUGCUUUUUGCUACAUCUUUUCUAGCAACAUCCUUUCAGCCCCACCUAAAAGCAGCAAUUCCUGCUUUAAAAAAACAACUCUGAGUUUCUCUUGGCUGAGGGCUGUUCUAACAAAGAGGAGCGCCAGUUUGGUGUAGUGGUUAAGAGCAGCAGGACUCUAAUCUGGAGAGCCAGGUUUGAUUCCCCCCCUCCACUAAAAGCCAGCUGAGUGACCUUGGGUCAGUCACAGCUUCUCAGAGCUCUCUCAGCCCACCCACCUCACAGGGUGAUUGUCGUGAGGAUAGUAAUAAUAAACUUUGUAAACUGCUCUGAUUGGGCAUUAAGUUGUCCUGAAGGGCAGUGUAUAUAUCAAAUGUUAUUAUUAAAAAGAAAAGGUUUUGCAUAGCUACUGUAAUUGCCAUGUGGAAUGCAGCUGCCUAAAUAUCACUUGCAGGAACCCCGUAGGCCUUUCAAAUAGAGAUGAACAACAGGGAUCUCUCCAUUCUAAAGACUGCUUUAAGUGUACAUUUUUAAUUAUCUAUUUUUAAAAAAAAUCACGUUCACCACCCUAUUGCAGAAGCAACAUUAUUAGUCUUUCCUGCUUUGCCAUUUUGCCAACUUUAGUUUUUAAAUCAAACUUUAUAGUUAAACCCAAGUUGGAGGUUAGGGUGAGGGCUUGGCUCUUUUUAACCACCAUCUUCUUGUGAUGUUUGGUGUAUUCUCCACAAACUGCUUUCCUAGCAGGUGAAGUUUUGUCUCCAGCCUUGAAGGGCUUUCAUGUUUAAUGCAGGUUAAAGCCAAGGAAAAGUUUUCCAUCGAUUAACUGAAAUGCUCUUGUAGGCACUUCUCUCCCUCUCUGUACUCAGGACUGUACCUAAAUUUACAACUCUGCAAAAAACAGGCGGUAUAGAAAGAAAUCAAAUGUUAUCUAUGUUGUGUAUUUGGAUUCAUUUUGAUGUAAACAGUUUGGGUUUAUUUCUCAUGAUAAAA